AUGGCAUCAGUGUGUAUGAUAAAGCAGUGUGGUAUUAUACGGUAUGGUAUGGUAACAAAUUCCUCCCGUGCAUAUAAGAAAGAACACAGGAGCUAUGGUAUUGUCUGGUAUGGUAUGAGUGUAGAACAAAGGAGCUAUGGUAUUGUCUGGUAUGACAGCUUACAUGUUCAAAUGACUGUGAAAUGCCAGGCGACUGACGCAGUGUUACAGCCAGAGGCCAAGCUACAGCUGUACCAGAGCGAAGGGGGAAGUUCAGCGUCGGAGAGUCAGCGAGAGAAAACGUCAAAAUGCACAAAGUUUCGGAAAGCUAUAUUCUCGAAGACGACCAGAAAGGUCGUCGUUGGCUGGCUCGUGACCUGUUGUGUGACGGCGUCUUGGGUCGGGGCCACACAUCUCCUGAAAGACAUGUUCCUCCGUCAGACUCCUGUGUCUUCGGGUCCUCAGGGUCCUCCGCCCCUUCCCUCGGCGGCCGCGCCCUUCCCGGCGUCCAAUGCCUCCCAGCCGGUGAAAAUGGGCGUGCAGAAACAGGUGUUCGACGCCCCCUUCUUCACCACGUGGUUCUGCACGACCUGGACGGGCCUGUUCUUCCCCAUGUACCUCGCGUCCCAUCUCUGCUUCAAGAGGGACAAGUCAUCCUUGAAGGUCACUCUCAAGGCCAUCGCGCAGAACUUCAGGGGCAAGUUCAUGACCCGUUGCUGCCUCUUCUGCCUCCUCUGGGUCGUCACAAAUUACAUGUACGUGUACUCCCUACGGAUCCUCGACUGUACGGACGUCAUGGCACUGUAUUCCGCCCACGUCUCCUUCGUGUACCUCCUGUCGUGGGUCAUCCUUCAUGAUCAAUUCGUGGGCGUGAGGAUUGUUGCAGUGAUCCUGUGCAACACGGGCAUCGCUCUCCUGGCCUACAUGGACGGCAUCACGAAGACCAAGACCCUGGGCGGCGUCGUCCUGGCAGCGGCGGCGGCGGCGGGAUCGGCGGUCUACAAGGUGCUCUUCAAGAAAGUGAUCGGCGAGGCGACCUUCGGGCAAGUGAGCUUCAUCUUCACCAUCAUCGCCCUCCUGAACACCGUGCUCCUCAGCCCGCUCGUCGCCGCCUUUUACUUCAGCAGUUACGAGGUGAUCGAGUGGCGCUAUCUGCCGUGGCCCAACCUGGUCGUCGCCGCCGCCCUGUCGCUCGCCGCCAACCUCCUCGGUAACUUCGCCAUCGCCUUCACCUUCGAGAUCUUCAUAACACUCGGCCUCGUGCUCGCUGUCCCCGUGUCCGCGGUCCUCGACACCAAGUGGUACGCCGUGCAGUUCCAGGGGAUGAAGCUCGCCGGUGUUGUGCUGAUCAUGUGCGGUUUCUUCCUCGUGCUCUUCCCGGCGAACUGGCCCGAGUACAUCACCAAGGUCCUCCGGUGGGUGGUUGGGAUAGCAGUCAGGCUGUGCUGGGUUCUCAAGCCCUCAGCACCGCCGCGCAUGGGUAACCCUUUUGGGGUCGACACAGAAAACGUAACCAGCCUCGCCAACAGCCGGAACCCGUGGACUACAGGACAGGGCUCAUCUCUCGCUCUCAUCUUCGGUCUCCCUCAGGACUGA